AUGUCGGAUGUAAAGUGAGUUAAUUUUCUAAAAAUAUAUUUUAUUUUUUUGAAUUUCGCAAAAAUUUAGCCAACUAUAUGAUAUUUUUAGUGACAAAGAAGAGACUUGCCAGGAGAAUAAAGAGGAGAGUUCGCAAAAUGGCAAUGAAGGACCGUUUAUUUCUAGAAAAAUAUGUGAGUAUAUAAAUAAAUUUGUGAAUAUAAAUUAAAUAAUUGUCUUUUGACUUUUUCUGCAUUACUUCAUUCACCUGCAUAUAAUUUCAGUUUGCCUUUAUGGCUUUAUAAAUUGGUAAAUAAAAUUAACGGUUGUAAGUAUUUUAAAUUAUUUCUAGCGUCGAGUCGAGUACAUUACAACUGGGUUGACGUCACAGAAAAGUUUCGACACGCUGCAAGUGGUAAAUGACCUAUCAGUGACUUAUGUAUUGUGUACCAUAGUCCAUAGACAGAUUUUCUGGGGGGCUGUAGGGGGGUGCAUACCCCCAUCCCCCAAAAUAUUUGCACCCCCUCAGAACUGAAUAAGACUAAAAACAAGCAUUUUGAACUAAAUAUAAGACCGAAAAUUUUAAAAUUUCCUGGGGGCUUCACCCUCUUACCCCCAAACUUAUGCCCACUAGUGACUCCCCAGAUUCCUCCUGUAGCUUGCUUAGUAAUGCUACAUGCCCCUUCACUCACCCCUCCUGAAUUUUUAACCCUCCCCCCAAGCAAAAUCUGAAAAUCUGUCUAUGUCAUGUACACUGGGUAGGUACAGAGGUCUGACUCACCCAAAAAAAACUUGUAACCACCACCACGCCAUGUACUUUCAAUUGUUCUUGUAAUGCUGUUGCCAUGUUCCUAGCCAGUGUGUUUACGAAAGGCACUUACCCCCAUGAUCGUCGUAGCCAGGCCGGCCAUUGUGAAUAUUUUCAAGGGGGUGACAACCUCUCUUUAGUGCAAAGAGCAGGGUGACCAGUUACGCUAACAUCAAAGGCACUGACACAAAGUCGGACUUCUGUAAGCCGUUUAUUCUGCAGCCAUCAAAAUUAGGUGAAAUUUCCGGAAGCCGAAAGUUAUGUUAUGAACGAACUUGGCGGCAAUUCUAUUUUUCACUGUGGCAAUUUUUUUUGGCAAGUGUUUUGGAUUAAAUGAGGAUGAAAACAUAAGGUUAUGUAUAAUCAAAUUAUAAAGAAUGUCAAGUGUGAAACUUCUUUUAAGAAGACCAAAAAUAAUAAAGUAACGUGUCUGUUACGGGAAACAAAAAAAAACUGUAACAAAAACAUCAUGAAAACUUGAUGUUGAAACUUGUUAACUAUGUUUGGCAAAUUUACCAAUGAAUUUGAGAUUUUUGCAAGGCGGCCAUUGCCGUUUGCUGCUAAUUCCGAUGGCUGAUUCUGUGCCAUGUACAUGAUGUACUCUACCCAUGUUGGAGUAAUUUGAGAAAUUAACUGUAAUAUUUUUUGCAGAAUUAAAACUUGGGGAAUUAGUACAUGACCACACGUAAGUAUUAAAUGCACUGACAGUUUGAAUUUCAAAUUAAAAUUGAAAAUAACCCAUAAGUUGCAUUGCACCCCUAUGCGCCCUACUUUAUUAUUUUACUCUGUCGAGAGGAGAGUGCUUGGUACUCAAUAGGUUAAAUAAUUUUCAAUGCUGUGUAUUCUAGAUUUGGUUUGUUUGAGGCCAUGUCUGCCAUUGAGAUGAUGGACCCAAAGAUGGAUGCGGGCAUGAUCUUCAAUAAAGAUAAAAACAUAUUGUCAUUCAAAGAAGCUGUACAGGUUCUUCACUAAAUUAAAUACUAUUAAAUUAAAAACAGGAAAAUCUCUCUAAUACAGACACCUCUCUAAUUAAUACCUGUGACAUCUCUCUAAUACAGACAUCUCUCUAAUACAGACAUCUCUCUAAGACAGACAUCUCUCUAAUACAGACACCUCUCUAAAACAGACACCUCUCUAAAACAGACAUCUCUCUAAUACAGACAUCUCUCUAAUACAGACAUCUCUCUAAUACAGACAUCUCUCUAAUACAGACACCUCUCUAAUACAGACACCUCUCUAAUACAGACACCUCUCUAAGACAGACACCUCUCUAAUAUGAACAUCUCUCUAAUACAGACAUCUCUUUAAUAUGAACAUCUCUCUAAUACAGACACCUCUCUAAUACAGACAUCUCUCUAAUACAGACAUCUCUCUAAUACAGACACCUCUCUAAUACAGACACCUCUCUAAUACGACCAUCUCUCCUAAUACAGACACCUCUCUAAUACAGACAUCUCUCUUAUACAGACCUCUCUAAUACAGACCUCUCUCUAAUACAGACCUCCCUCUAAUACAGACAUAUCUCUAAUACGGACACCUCUCUAAUACGGACACCUCUCUAAAACAGACAUCUCCCAAAAGUCCCGUUUUCACAAGCAAAUUUUAUUUCACAAAUUUCAUUUGAUCAAAUGAAUAUAAAACAAAACUGAUUAUUUUUUAAACAAAAAUGAUUAUUUUUUAAAGGCUGGAAAAAUCAAAAUUAAAGAAUUUGCAGCUGAUGAAAUAGUUGGAAUCAUAGACGAGCUCACUUCUUGUCUGGUUGGUAAAUAAUAUUUGACAUUUGCGCAGACAUUUUGUUAUUUUUACGACAUGAAUCAGCGACACAUCGGGAACUCUGGGUUCUUCUCUGCAUGCCCAGUGUUGGCUUUCUGUUGCUAAAAAACAUGUACCGACUCAAUCUUUUGGUUAUCCACACAGCUCUAAUUGUCACUGGGGGUGCACCGGAACAAAUUUUUAAAGUUCCAGCCGGAACCAGAUCUCGCUGGUUCUGGUGUAUAUUUUCCUUGUGUACUGUGUAGUCCAAAUUUCUUCCUACUGCGAACUUUUGUCAGACACAAAAACAUUUGAUAUUCUAUCUCUCUGAAAAUAACAGAGUUCUGGUUCCGGCCAUGCUUUUUUUAUUAGUUCCGGCCGGAACCGGAACUCUGAAAGAUUGGGGUUCCAGCUGGAACCGAGUUCCGGUACACCCCUAAUUGUCACUACCUGGCUGGCACAGACCCUUCUUUGUAAAUCAACUGUCGAGGUUGUUUAGUUGUGGGUAUCCUUGAUUUUUUUGUUAUUAUUUUCCAUGCAGGUGACGUGGUUAGAUGGUCAUUCACUCAUUCAGACUGUGUUCAUCUGUCUUUAUGUUCAUGAUCCAUAUAUCAUUGAAGAUCCUUGUAUCAAGGUAAAUCUACCAAUGUUCUACAAAAUAUCGGUCAGUCAUGGACAUUGUCCGACUCAUUUGUGAAAUUUCCUACUUAGAGAGGCAACCACCAGACAUUCUAUCCAACCCAAGUGAAACUGAGGUUUAUUGUUUGUCUGACCAGACUGCAUUGGUGUCCAACAGAACUGUAGCUUUGUCUGAUGUAAAUCAAAGUGUACCCUAGUCCGGGACUAGAUGCUCUGAAUAUGUUAGGCCAAAUAAAAAUAAUAGUUGGUUUCAGGUUUCCGACCGACCUGUCAAAAAUAUGACCGACCUUAAACAUUUUAUUGAGGACAUUUAAACGUUUAGACUGAACGUUGUUGGCAUUAAAUAUUUAGUUGUUGCUCGUUUCCUUGCAUGUCAAGUUUUAUAUGUAUGCAGGUGAAAACCUGAUGUAAAAACAAUAAAAACUAAGAGUUUAUAAUGAGUUUUAACUGUCUUAUAUUUAUUGCAUACUUGAGAUAAAUUUUUUUUUAAAUAAAAUGUUUUUCCGACCUACCUACUCAAUCAUAUAAAACAUGGCUGUGAAACCUGAAACCAACUAUUAUUUUUAUUUGGCCUUAAAUGGAGAAUCAUAGUAAUAUACAAAGAGUGAACCAGAAAAAUGUUGUCUUAAUGUAAUCAACCAUAAAUUUUAAACGAUAUUCUUCGCUGAAUAUUUGCGUAUGACAAAAUCUACAAAUCUACAAAACUACAGUACUCUCCAAAAAUGGCUGGCAAUGACUUGCAGAUGGUCUAAAUUUUGGGAGAUGCCCUCGAACCACAAGGGCAGGGCCCUUGGCGAAGUACCUUCGGUACCACAUAGCCCGCCUACUUAAUUAAAAAUGCCUCCUACCCAAAUUUGAUUGGGAACUCUGGGUAAGCGAACAACCCAACCACAUCCGAAGCAAAUUAGGGUUGGCAGAAAAAAAGUCAAAUUAAGAAUAUUUUUUCUUAUUUCUUACAGGCAUUUUGUAUUGUAAUUCUACGAAUAUGUGAAGUAAUAAGGAAUAUCAUUAAUAAAGCUUCAGUGUAUGAAGAGGUAUGCAGUUGUUAUUUAAAAAAUAUGUUCUCUUAUAUACAUUGGUUGCAGAGAAAAAUUCAACUGAAAAUAUAUGUGUUUCCUCGUACAGGAAGAUUUUCAACCAAUGACAUAUGGUUUCAAAUUGACAUCACAAGUCACAGAUAUAAGAAUUUCAGGUACAUACCAUAGGUGAAUGUUAUUUCUGGAGCACACUAUCCAGCAACUGGGAAAUUUGGCUGGAUAAGAUAAUUUUUGUGCUGAUUAUUCUGCACACAUUCACGCUUUAGUUACAUAAAAAUGUUGUCAUUUUAUCAAUUUGCUACAAGGUUGUCAUUUACAACUGAAUGUUUGUAUUUAUUUAGGCAUGCUAAAGGAAGCUGAAGAUGAGAUCAAUCGCAAGUUAAAGGUACAAUAUCUACCUACAACCAUGACCCCAGCUGUCCAGAAACAUUUGGCAGCUCAGAGCAAUUAAAUUAUCCUUGACUCAAUUACUUACUACUACCUGUAUGUGGUAGUUACUACUGCUAGCAUCUUACUAUACUGUCAAAAAUGUGAUUUCUGUUAUAUGUAUUUAUGUGAAAUAUUAACCCUGUAAGUGGCAAUGCACCCUGAUGCGCCCUACUUUAGUAUUUUAUUCUGCCCCCUACUUUAGUAUUUUAUUCUGCCCAAUGCCAGAUGAUUUUACUCGUCAAAUGGAGAGUGCUGCCACUCAAUCGGUUAAUUUAGUUAGUCCAAUAAGGCACAUUUUAUCAUUAGUUAGUUAUAAUGUAUAGUAUUAGUCACAUGACCACACCAGCUAUGCUAUGAUUAUGAUAUUAUUGUGUUUAAACAAUUGCUUUUAAAUAUAUUAUUAUUCCUUACAUAUUCAAGAAUUGGUAUUCUCUUCAGGCUGUUAAAAGUCAAAGAGUUUCUGGCGAUUCAACAACGCUUUCCAAAGAGGUUUGAUGAAGUUAUUAAUGGUUUUUCACACUACAUUUGUUGACUUCUGUGUUAUAGAUAGUGUUGUACAGUACAGCUUUGUGUCAACAUUGCCUAAAAAGAUUAAAACACUCUCUUUUCUAUUCUUUAACAGAUAAAGGAACUUGAAGCAUUGUGGUUUCGUUUGAAAUUUUGGAAAUCAUUCCAUACUGCUGUCAUACAUCUGGAAAAAGCUGAUGUAAGUUGUUACAGUACAAGCAGAGUUUUGAGAAAAACAGUUAUACAGGGAUGGAUCCAGCCAUAUCUGGGGGUGGGGUAUCACCCCCUUGUACCCCUGUUGCCAAAGAUAGGGGGUGCCCCCAAGACACGUACACACCCCACAGGAAACAUAUCAGAUGUGCUGUCAUAGCCACCAACUGGAUUACUCUGUCAGUUCUAAACUGUCCUCGCCAGAGGAGUUGAUGAUUGAUGCUUCAAAUAAAGAAAGUUAGCUCAGAGAUUCUUUCCCAAACCUCUGCUCGCAAUAUAUGCUAAUUAACUUGACGAGAUGCUAUUUCCUAACCAAAUGCCGCUCUUUCAUUAUCUUAUUCAGAUCACAAGUCUUGGAACGGCAAAGCAGUCACUCUCUACUGCUCAGAAAUAUUUAGGUCUGGCGAAAGGGAAUGUUGAACUUGGCUUGCAACCUGACAGUGAGGGUAUGGUAUUGCCACAAAUCCAAUACUUUUUCUUGGAAAUAUGAAACAUCUAAGUAUGAGAUGAAAUUAAUUUUGUUUUCCAGGCAAUAUGUUGGGUUUUGAACCAAUGGUGAACCAACGCUUAUUACCGCCAUCAUUUCCACGUCACACUACGAUAUGCAGCAGAAAUGAGGUAAGGAUCUUGAUGUCUAGUUGGCGAUGAAGUAGUUAGGGAGCAGUCAUUAUUUAUGGUGGUGAGUGGCACCGAAGAGAAAUGUUUUCUUGUCAAAAAUUUUGCUGGUCCAACCAUUAAAAAGUCAAAUUAAAAAUAAACACCCACCCCUGGUCAAAAACUUUACAAAAUGAUACUAUUCAGUUGUCACAGAUGUUCUUUACCACUUUGAUAACUCCAUGUUGCAAUUUUCUGAAGUCUAAAGUUUCAUGUUGUCUGCACAUGUACUUUCUUUGGAGAUGCCAUUUGCCUCCAGACAAAUUGGAAAAUGAUCAAGAUAUAGUGAUUGAUUCACAUAUUGUAUUGACAUAUGACAAUGAUGUUGACAAUGCUUUUUAGUCUCCAAUAUUUCAGUGACUCACAGAUUUUUUUAAAUACAAUUCAUUAUACUGUAAUUUACGAUUACAGUAUACUUAUACAGUGUACUGUAAAAAAAUAACAGUGCAUUAUUCGGUAAAAACCCCAGAUAUUUUUAACAGUGUGCUAUGGUUUCCAACCGCAGUAACAUUGGGCCAAUAAGGGAAUAGAUUUUACUCAGCCCUCAGAGAGAACAGUUUAGAAUUGAUACACAGCGUCCCAGUAGACAUAAUGACCCAAGAAUACUGUUGUUUCUGCAGGCAUUUCAAUAUAUGGAAAAUCUUAUAAAGAGACUCGACUCUGCUACCAAAUGUACAGAAAAUACUGCAUUACAUCAAUUACUGGUAAGAUUUAAAUUUGUCCAAUUUGGUGCACUUGCUAUUAUUUGAGGUGGGAGGGAGUACGGCGUUAUGACGCGAAAACGACAUUCAUGCCUGCCAUCUGUUUUUGCAUUUGUAGGACUUUUUUGAAUCUUUCAGCAAACUAUAUCCGUGUGUCUUCUCGAGGUCCCUAUUACAGGUACGUUUUGGUAACAUACUGUAAUCUUGAACUGUCUGUGAGUGUCUGUGCCAGUGUAGUGUAGUGUAGUGUCAACUACCUGAAAAUAUAAGGAGAAUUUCGACGUUUCAGUAACUCGAGAUAAAGGGCCUUUGCUCGAAACGUCGAAAUUCUCUUUAUAUAUUUUCAGGUAGUUUACGUUUAGAAAAAGUUUACGAAAACUUGUUUACGAAGACUACUUGUUUUACAAGUACUGUAGUUUACGCAAGCUUGUUUACGUUUUUGGUAAUUUAAAUUAACAUGCAGAGGUGGAAAUGUUUUUCUGUUUCUGGCAAGCUGGGUUUAGGGCUCAAAAUUUUCUGCAAAAGAUUACAAUAAUAAUAUAUAAGGGAAAAGAACAAAUUUGUCAUUUGUGACUGUCUUUUUUACCUAAUACAUGGAUUGUAUUCAUUAAGAUGUGUUGUCGUGGGAAGCAUUUUAUCUUUAGACUGAUAAGGCAUGCAAGAUAAAGUCUUACAGUCUUACUUGAUUAAAAACAAAUUUCCAACUGCAGGCUAUAUGAAUAUUCUUAUUUCAUAUGUUCCCCUGUAUAAUUUGGGUAUCGAGUUAAUAAAUUUUAGUGACUUCGAUAUUCAAUCAGUGUAAUUUUCGGAAUUAGCUAUCAAACAUCAAAAAAUAUCUGUGAAAAUUUCUGCAAAAAUGUAGAUCCCCAGAAUUUUUUUUUGAACUAGGUUCCCAUGUUCUGAUACUUUUUCGAUCUCUGGUAACAUGUCCAACCUACACACGUAAAAACGCACAAGUUGUAACAAACCUGCAGCAGACUUGUAGCAAUGCUGUUCCAACAACUUGUCAACAGGAUGUGUUCGCACUGCUUGUUCCGAGCUUGUUGACAAGUUGUCAACGGCUUGUUGACAACUUGCCACAAGGUUGUUGAGUUCAGCAGACUUGUUACAAGUUGUUCCAACAACUUGUUAUCGUCCUGCAAUUCAGCAACUUGUCAACAAGUUGUGAGUGACAACCUUGUAGCAACUUGAUAAAAUAACAGCAUUGUUACAACUUGUUGACAAUUAGCUUGCUACAAGCCUGUUGCGAACACAUCUUGUUGACAAGUUGUGAGAUGUUUACGUGUGUAGCUAGUACAUGUUAGUUCUUAAAAACUGACCUAUAGUUAAAAGACUGUGCCAGAUACGUUGCCUACUGUAUGAUGUUUGAUUUAUCAUUAAAUAUUGUACUUUUCAGAUUAUCUUCUGGCACAACAACAAAGUUUUUGGCAAAACACCAUUAUCUGAAGUUCUUCAACAAGCUAUCAAGCAGUUCAACAGUCCGCCAUCGAUUGCUGAAAAGUGAGUUACUUAAUAAUCAGAGAGUAGAGAGAUUGAAAUUUGGCUUCCGCCAUCUCUCACAGGCACGCAUUUGAUUGGUUAAUUGGGUAGAUUGAGUGCACCUGAUUGGUUAAUGGUAGCGGAAGUCAAAGUCUGAAGGCCUAUUUCCAGUCAAGAAAAUUUUCCGCAGAGAGAAAAUUUUGUAAAAUGUGAUUGGUCGACACAAUUUUCCGUGGGAAAAAAAGUUUGAAAGUUGAAAAUUUUCAACUUUUAACAAUGAUAUUUUCGAAAACUUUUCUGUCCGUGGAAAUUUCUCUUGAGUGGAAAAGGGCCUUUGAACCUCUGUAAAGUCGAUGAAGAGAAAACCUCAUUCUAUCUUAAUGCUUAAAGUAAGUAACAUUCUGGUCAUUUGUAGGUCGCCUUUAAUUAACAAUCCUCAAGCUCAGAAGUUUGUGGAUAGUUUUCUUGCAAUGGCUGAACGGGUAAGUGAGCAACAAACAGACAGACAGACAAACAAACAGACAAAUGAACAGACAGACAAACAGACCAGCACUCAGGCAGUGCUAACAUAUUCGUGUAUUUGUUUUUUCUCAGCCAAUCACGUCUCUUAUUCGCUGUAUGUGUCACAACCGCGCACGACAACGAGACAAGUUGGUAUUUCUGUUGGACGAAUUUGCUGUUUUACAAGAUGAGGUACAGAAAAUGUUUGUACAGUGUAAAAAUUAAACUAAGGCCAAAAAAAAAAUAUGUGGGUUUCCGGUUUCCCGACCCUACCUAGCUUUUGGACGUCGAAAUCCCGACCCUAAACUUUUUUAUUGGAUCAUGCUUGUAAGUGUUUCCACUUAGAGGAAAAAGUUUGUGGAAAAUUGAAAUUUGAGGCAAUAUUAGGGAAAUUUAUCUUUGCAAGUAGAAGCACUGACUAAACAAAAUGGCGUCCGCUUGUUCGGAAAAUUAAAAAAAAAGUUUAAAAAAAAAGUUAAAACCGACCUACCCUACCUAAGUUUUUAUACGAAGAAACCGGAAACCCACAUAUUUUUUUUUUGGCCUAACUAAACUUUAUUUAUAUUGGAUAGCUCUAACAGUUCUAAACUGUCCUCCCUAGAGGUCAAGUAAAAAUAAUUUUUCACCAGUGUUACUACAGAAGGAAACCUAAACUAAAACUAACUUUAUUUAUACUAGAUAGCCCCAUCAGUUCUAAAUUGUUCUCCCUGGUGUCCAGUAAAAAUCAUCUCUUAAUCCAGUGUAACUAGAAGAGAAACUAGAAUAGUGUACACUGUACAUGGAGAAAACCUAUGGCGUUUGGUACAGUCAGACUGGAAACAUGCUUCUCGCAUGCAGUAGACUAGCCAUUGUGCCAACAAUACAGUGGCCGGUUGUACGAAGGUCCGCUAUCCACCGGAUAGUGAUUUUUUCAACCUUUGUAAAAUGCUUGAAAAACUGUGAAACUACGGAUAUAGACGACACAAGAAGUAUAAAAAAACAUUUAACUUAUAAAUGCUAAACUUUAAUACGAGUUAUACCAAUCAACGACUGAUUUAACAAAGUUUGAAAAAAUUACUACCCGCCCCAGUUCCUUAUUACAACGUCUUCAUAAUUUUUCUUUAGGCAGACAAAGUUGACGCUGAUUUGCAUCACAUGAUUGUCGCUGUUGAACCAAAGGUAAAAAUAUGGGGGAGGGGUUGAGGCGCCUGCCUCUCUUUGUCCCCCCCCCCCCUCCCCUAGCGUCCGCCGCUGCUCAACUGGCUUGUUAAACAACCACAUGUCAUUCUGUAAACUUACCAUGUGAUUGGCAAAUAUAUCAGAAUUUUCCUGUUUCAGAGAGAGCACUUUGCUUGUUUUGGAUCAUGGGUUCUGAACCGUACCUUGACGAUCAUGAUUCAAUAUUUGUUGCUGGGAAUGGAGUUGCAGUUGUUUAGUGCACAUGAAUAUCAUUAUUUAUUCUGGUGAGUUCGUAACUAAGUUUCAGGAUUUUUUUGGGGGGGGGGGAGGGGGACAUCUCACACUCGUCUGAACAUUGAAGGUUUUUCUGGUUUUUCAAAUAAAUUAAAUCAUUUGCAACGUAUUAGUAAAAAAAUCUACUACGAGAAUUACUUUACUGCUAAUAAUAAGAAUAUCAAAAAUACUUGGAAGGGAAUUAAACAACUUAUUACUUUGAAACCUAGGGGACAUAGCUUACCUACAAAAAUUAUAAAGGAUGGCCAGGAGAUAAAAGAAACUAAGAAUAUAUCCUUGGCAUUCAAUGAAUACUUUUCUAAUAUUGGAAAGAACAUUGCAGAUUCUGUUCCAUGUACUAAUACAAGGACACAAGCUUUUAUGGGUAGUCCUGUGCCAAACAGCUUCUUUAUGACUCCUAUUCUAAAAAGUGAAAUUGAGUUUGAAAUUGGAAAACUUAAAUCUUCCAAAGCAACAGGCCCUUUUAGUAUUCCAAUUAAUUUACUAAAAACAGUUAAAUCUAGCCUGUCUACUCCUCUUGAAAUAAUAUUCAAUCUUUCCUUCCUGACUGGUACGGUUCCAGACCAAUUCAAAAUAGCGAACGUGAUUCCAAUUCACAAAAAAGGCCCACUGACUAUGUUAACAAAUUAUCGCCCAAUCUCACUUCUCUCCAUUUUUAGUAAAAUUUUGGAAAAAUUAAUGUAUACAAGAUUAACUAGAUUUAUUGAAAAAUAUGAAAUUUUAUAUAACAAACAGUUUGGUUUUCGUUCCAAGCAUUCAACGUUACAAGCAGCUCUUUCAAUAACUGAUAACAUUCAACAAGCAAUUGAGAAGGGAUGGUAUUCUUGUGGAAUAUUUUUAGAUUUUUCCAAAGCAUUUGACACUGUAAACCAUGACAUCCUUCUCAACAAGCUUGAUCAUUAUGGAAUAAGAGGUUUGGCUUACGAUUGGUUUUCCUCAUAUUUAAGUAACAGGCGCCAAUUUGUUUCAAUCGGGCAUAUCAAAUCCGAUGAAACUCCAAUUAAAUAUGGUGUUCCACAAAGUUCAGUAUUGGGUCCCCUUUUAUUCCUCUUAUAUAUUAAUGACUUCCAUAACUGCAGUGACAUUUUUGAAUUUAACAUAUUUGCAGAUGACACUAAUCUUUUUCAUGCUAAUGCAAAUCUUGUUAAUCUAGAAAUAACUAUUAAUAGAAAUUUGGAGAAAAUUUUUGACUGGUUGGCAGCUAACAAACUGUCAUUAAAUAUUGACAAAACAAACUUUGUUUUGUUUCACCCCCCUCAGCGAACUCCAAACCACGUGAUUGCUUUAUUUAUCAACAAUAGUCAAAUUAAACAAGAAAAAUAUAUCAAAUACUUAGGAAUUUUCCUUGACUCAAACUUACGUUGGAAAAGUCACAUUACUCAUAUAUCAAACAAAAUUAAACGCUGCAUUGGUGUAAUCUCAAAAAUUCGCAAUUUCGUGGGUUUACAUAUACUUAAUUUAAACAAUUAUACUAUACUCUCAUUUAUCCAUAUUUGACGUACGCUUUACCAGUGUGGGGUAAUACAUAUCAAUCUAAUCUUGAUACUUUAAUAAGGUUGCAGAAAAAGGCAGUCAGAAUUAUGACUUUCUCCAGUUUUAGGACACACUCAACCCCUCUUUUCAAACAUUGUGACAUACUUAAAUUUGUCGAUUUAAUAUAUUAUCAGAAUGCUCUAUUCAUGUUUGACUUCCACGUGGGUAAUUUACCCGCUGUCUUUGAUAAUUUCUUUCAAAAUGUUUCCGAAGUACAUAAUUAUAACACUAGAUCUUCUACAAAAAUUUUUUUAUAUAUUCCGAAAAUUCGGACAGACUAUGGUCGGUUUAAUCUGCGCUACUGUGGUAGUUUAAUCUGGAAUUCCAUUGAUAGUAAAUUGAAAUCUCUAAGCAAAUAUAACUUCAAAAAAUUAUUUAAAAACUCUCUACUUCAAGCUUAUAAUGACUAAAUUCGGUUUCCAUUUGUGAUAUUUUUGAUGAUAUAUUCUUUUGCGUCUAUUGUACUUUGUCUUUCCCUUAAUGCAUGUGAUUUGAUUAUAUACAGUAUAUACAUUUCGUCUUUCGCUUGUGUCUUUUGUCUAAAUGUGCUACUUAGCUUGAUUAGCCCUUAUGGUUAUUUCUUUGUAGCCUUUACUCUAUAUUUGUGUAAUGUAUUUUGUUGUAAAUUAUUGUAUCACCUCAGAGUAUUAAAUUAUCCUUAUCCUUAUCUGGGGGGGGGAGGGUGCGCACACCCCAGAAAUUAUUUGCAUCCCCCCAAGGCAUUUGGCACCCCCGCAAAUUACAUAUAUUUUGAUUUGAUAGUUUCAUAUUUGAUUAUUCUUACUACUAAAUUUGUAAAAUUACCAAUAUUAUGGUCUCAGAUCUCGCCAUGCAGGCCUAGAAAACAAAUUUUGUUAAAAUUUUCCUUGGCCUUUCCGGGCGUUGCCACCACGCCCCGGCCAAAGCAGGCAGCAGCACCCCCCAGAUAUUUAUCCCCCUCCCCGAACGAAAAUAUGAAAAUCCGUCUCUGGCCUACAGUAUAGUUACAUUUUUAGCCGCUGCUCCUGAUCUAAAAAAUGUAUAAAAUGUACAUUCUAAUUUCCAUUUACAAAACCCUCGCAACUAAAUGAACUUUACUUAUAUUGGAUAGCUCUAUAAAUUCUAAACAAUUUUUUUUUCUCCAGGUAUUUAGAUUAUUUAUUCAACUGGCAAGCGACAUGCUUGUCGAGAGCAACAGAAUUACUACAAUCCCACGAAACAGCGCUGGGUAAGCUACGGACAGUACUGUGUUUUUUAUGUACUAUUUAAAGCACGCGUAGGAGUGUGAUAAAACAUGACUACAAGUGCUUUAAAUGGCUUCAAAAACGACUCAUCUUAUACGAGUUCAUUGGCGAAGUAUAAUUUUUAAAAUAAACUUUGUCUAAACCGAGAAAAUCAAAGCUAAAGUUUAUGUAAAUUAACAUGAUUUUUUAUCACAUAUAAAGAUACGACACGCUUAUGAUUUUUCUUUGUGUUUUCCUCCUGAAUUAUUAAUGAGUUUUUGAAUAUUAAAUAACAUUUGUUUUGAAAUUUUUGACGUGAUAUGUUUAGAACAAAAGAGCGGGAAAAGUGGAAAGAAGAAUAAAAAGAAAAAAAGAGGUCAGUUAGUAACUAAAUAAAGUAAUAUUUUCGAGUUUGAUUCGCGUCGCGGACUUACGACACUUCUAUGAAGAAUGUCACUCCACGCUCGGGCACGCAUAAGCUGAUUGGGUCCAUUGCUAUUUUGUUUUAGCGAGUGAGAAAUAUAUCCAAGAACAUCAAGGAAUGAAGCAGUUUUAUCACGGCAUGAGAAACUUGUGUUCUGGUUAUAUGAAAGUAAGUUGCUCGUUGUUGUAGCUGCAGAUAAAUUUAUGUUCUCGAUCUGUAGUUUUUGUGUCAGCCUAGCAUGCAAAGCAUAUGUUUCGUUUGGGAGGCUCGUUUGACCGUAUGAACAAGCUUUCGUUGAUAGGGAUGCAACUACCUGAAAAAUAUAAGGAGAAUUUCGACGUUUCGAGCGAAGGCCCUUGUCUGGACGAAGAGGAGACCGUGUUAGUUUGACCCUGAUAUUUUGUGUCAGUUUAGCAUGCAAAGCAGUUGUCUCGUUUGGGAGGCUCGUCUAACCCUAAUCUUUUAUUUGCGUUUUUCUAGGCGCUGGAAGGUUUCUUACUUUGUGGCAAGAUUUGUUAUCCUGCAGAGCAGUUCGACAGCGAGAGGGUAAGCGACGUGACCAGGAUAAAUUAAGUAUCACCAUUUUACAUUUACAACAAAGAAAUCAAUCCACUAUAUGGUAUUUAUCAGGGUCGGAUCUAGCCUCAUCUGCAAGGAGGGGUGCAGGUUUUUCACGGGGUGGUGCAUGAUGGAGCCUUACUGUCCACUCUCCUCUGCAGUCUGCAACGUUACUAUCCCAACAUUGCCAUUGAGAUGGUCGAAUCUGCACGCUGUUCUGUCACAUUUUACAUUAUCUUUUGUUCAUAAAAUUUACUGUAUAAACCCAUUGCACAUGGCGUCACAGCGCCGGUGACGAUGCAUCUGGAGGACAAAUUGGCAAUCUAUGCAUAAUAUAACUUUUGUAAACAAAGCAAAUUUUGUAAAACUUUAUAAUAAUUUUGUAUUAAAAUGGUUUGCGCUGUAUGUGGUUGUCGCACCAGAACAGAUAUUGUUGGGGAGCAUCUGGAGGACACUCUAAGGAUUUCUGACGUCAGUGCAAUGGGUCUGUAUCGUUUUUUUUAUCACGUAUGCGUGACUAGCACAGUACUGUAAAUUUGCUUGUUAAUUUAAUGCAAUGUUUGGAAAGAAACUUUGUAGUAAUGUAAUGAAGGUCAAAAUUGGAUGAGUCGUACAGUUACAAUGAUUCAAAUAUGGGGAGGGGGGGGAGGGGGACGUUUUAAGUCCAAAUAUUUUAUGGGGGCCAUAAGUUAGACCGCUGCACCUCGCCUAAAUAUUCUUCCACCUCUCCCACCAUUUCCACCAAAAUCCGGCCUUGGCAGCCAUUAUACGAUUCGAUGGAGAGUUUAUGAAAUGAUUUGUCGUUAUAGAUGAGAUUCGAGCACCGUUUCUUCCCUUUCCAAACGUUGGACACGCCUCAACCUCGACUUUUCACACAAUAUCAAGAAACUUUAAGUAUAACUCUCUCUCAUAUAACAAAGGUAAGAUAAAUUUCAUUGUUAUGUACAAGGAUAGAGUAUGCCACCUCUGUGCGCCUUACUACACACGUAAAACUCUCACACCUUGUAGCAAGUCUGCCAACAAGCCGUCAACAAGUUAUGUUCGCACUGCUUGUCCCAAGUUGUCAACAAGUUUGGAACAAGCUGUCAACAACUUGCAACAACCUUGUUGCUAUUAUCGGACUUGUGGCAAGGUUGUUCUAUAACAAGUCCGAUACAGUUAUGAUAUAACAAUAUUGUUACAACCUUGUGUCGUCAACCUUGUAACAUUCUUGUUAUAUCAUGACUGUAUCAGACUUGUUGGAACAACCUUGUAACAAGUCUGAUAAUGCCACAAAGCUUGUUACAAAUUGUUAACAGCUUGUUCCAAACUUGUUACAACAACUGCGAACAAGCGGUGCGAAGACAACUUGUCGACAGCUUGUGAACAGAUUUGUAACAACUUGUUUGCAGACCUGUAACACAAUUUGUGUGUUUUUACGUUUGUAGUAAAGGGACGUUAGUUGAGCGAAGUUAUUGAAAGGGUUGGAUUGAGAAUUUCAUUUUUGUUGCAUAUAGGAAACAGAUUUAUUUGGGUUAUCCGCACGAAGUUUUCAACAGGCAAAGACGAUAUUUGAAGGAUUAUCAAAUGUUCCCCAGAAGGUAAGAAAGAAAGGACCAAAAGCUCAUUUCCACUCAAGAAAAAUUCCCGCGGUCAGAAAAUUUUCCUUAAAAUAUCAUUAGUAAAAGUUGAAAAUUUUCAGACAGAUUUGAGAUGAUCAUGUGUUUAUUAAAUUUGUGUUGUAGGUGGAUGAACUUCUAAAAGUAGCCAAGACUAACUUUGUUGUCAUGAAACUUGCUGCUGGGGGCCAUAAACACGAUUCACAG